CUGUGGACUUGAGCUUUGCGUGGACUGCUCCAGACUGAGGAGGAUGCACUGAUGACAUCGGUUGGAAGUAGAUCCCGCAGUCGAAGCCCGCGCCCGGAGACGGAGACCGAGACCUUCGAUGUCGAGGUGAAGCUCCUGUCUGGUGAAACGCUGGCCACUAUCAAGGUCAAUGCAGCUGACCCGGUGUCCCAGCUGCGGGAGAAGAUCGAGGCCCUGGACGUGUCGGAGCUGGGCACCUUUCCGCAGAGCGCCUUGAUGUUUGGCCGACACGAGCUGGACCUCGGGGACACGGCAGGUGCCGUCGGUCUUUGUCAGGGCUCGGUGCUCACACUCCUGCGUCUUCCGCCGCGGAAGCUGUGCACAGCCUCAGAGGAUGGCACGGCGCGAAUAUUUGAACUUCAUACUGGAAAGACUUUGAGCAUCCUGGGGGGGCACUGCAGUGCUGUGGUGUCGGUCACUUUUUCAGAAGACGUCACCAGAGCAUUGACCACGACCUCUUCCCGUUCCAUUGCCAUGUACGACGCCAGCAGUGGGGUUCAAAUCUGGAGAGUUCUUGGACCGGUGCAGGAUGCGUGUUUGGCGGCAGAUGGACGGAGAGUUCUGGUUAUGGACUCACAUUCGGUCGUUGGCCUGCUGGAUGCCCAAACCGGGCGCUUGUUGACCAACCUUGUGCAUCAUGCGUACUACGUUUGCACAGCAGUGUUUUCUCCAGAUGGGAAGGCUCUUUUGACUUCCUCUGUUGAGGGCUUUGCCCGGCUUUUCGAUGUGGAAACUGGCGGCUGCUUGGUCACCUUUGGUCGCAAAGCCACUGGGGGGAGGAGUGUGGGCAUGUCGGCGGCCUCUUUCUCACCAGAUGCGACGAAAGUGCUUGCGAGUAUGUAUGAUGGCUCUGCUGAUCUCUAUGAUCGCACCUCUGGGGAGCGGAUUUGCUCUUGUGCUGGUCACAAGUUCUCUUUGAGAUCCUGUAUCAUGUCACCAGAUGGCAAGAAGAUCCUCACUGCAUCCAAGGAUGGCACCUCCAAGUUGUUCUGCGCCUCCAGCGGUGAGUGCCUGGGCAGCUUUGACGCCGAAGCGGUGCUCUGUGGAGCCAACUUCUCGCCAGACCUUUCGAAGGUUCUAACUGCUGCGCAAGAUGGUGUGGCAAAGCUCUUUGAUACACAUAGCGGUGCUUGCUUGCAGGAAUUUCCAGACCACUCGGCUCCAGUACUCAGUGCCACGAUGUCGUUCGAUGGUACGUGGGUUCUUACUAGCUCGAGUGACCUGGAAGCCAAGCUCUUCGAGACCAAUACUGGCAGAUGCCUUCGAAGUUUCAUGGAGAAUGGUUUUGUGACAUGUGCGCAGUGGGCACCUGGCGGCCGGCAAUUGCUGCUGGCAUUCUUCAGCGGCAAAGUGGCGGUCUUUGAUCCAGCAAGUGAUCGCUUCGUUCAAGAAUUUGUUGGACACACGGACUGCGUGCAUUCCAUGAAGUUGAUCUGACCAUGCCAACUGCGGCAUCAAGAGGCGUGUCAUACUGAUGCCAGAAUUGACGCUUCUUGGACAGAUAUUCCAACAGUAGCAAAGAUGAAGCGAACGCCAUGCGAUCCAAAAGAGUGCCUUGUACAGAAGUGACUGCGAGCACUAGGCCAGAUCUUCCACGCGUUCUGUCUUUCUAUAUAUGCAUCAAUUGAUAUCAGUUGCUUUAAGGCAGAACAUUGUCCAAAGACAUCACAGACUUCGCACAGAUGUCAUGCGAAAAUGUGCUCUCAAGCGCUAUUGACAUUGAUGUGUGUGUGGGUGUGUUUGUCUGUUGGUGUGUAUGUGUGUGUGUGUCUCACAAUUCAUGGGAUUGAUGCCGUUUCUGAAUCAAUGCUUUUUGAGGUACCGGUGGAAUAUACAGCAAGCCCAUAUUUUUUGAUAUUUUUUGCACAGCCCAUGAGAUACUUCGACGGCGCACCAAGGCAGGAUCGCCUGAGGGUCGGCUUUGGGCUGACUUGUG